AUGGAAAAAAAAUGGAUAUGGUGUCAUGAUAAGCUGUCAGGUGAAUACACAAAUGGUGUUAAAUCAUUUAUUGAAUUGGCUAAACAUCAUUUAGAUGAAGAUAAUAGGACUAGAUGUCCUUGUCGAUAUUGUCGGAAUGUGUAUUUCCAAGAUAUAAGUGUAGUUAAACGACAUUUAUGGGUGAAAGGAUUUUCACCAGAUUAUCACAAUUGGAUUUAUCAUGGAGAGGCAUUGAAUUUUCAAGGUAUUGAAAUGGGUUUUGAGGAAGAUGAUGAAGCUGUUGAACAUGAUCAGGAAGAAGAUGAUAAUGAUGAUAUCAGGGUAGCAUUGCAAGAUGCUACAGGUGACAUGGAUAUUGAUGUAGAUGCAUAUAAAGGUCACAUUGGAGAUCAAGAUCAUAGAAAUAAAGAAUUUUCAGGAUUAUUUGCUGAAGUUGAAAGCGAGUUAUAUCCAGGGUGUACAAAAUUCUCUGCAUUGACUUUUUUGGUCAGGUUAAUGCAUAUAAAAGCUUUAAACCAUUGGAGUAACAAGUCAUUUAGUAUGUUGCUUGAACUUCUCAAGGAAGCACUUCCAGAGCAAGAAUCAGCUGAAUUGGAUAAAUGUCCAAUAUGUGCUGAACCGAGAUACAAAUUUCAAGGUACUGAGGGGAAAAGGAUCCCUCAAAAGGUGCUUCGAUAUUUUUCUAUCACUCCAAGAUUGCAAAGAUUAUUUACAUCUCACCAUACUGCUAUUGAUAUGAGAUGGCACAAAGAGAAGCGUCCUAACACAAAUGGAGUAUUGAGGCAUCCAGCAGAUGGAGAAGCAUGGAAGCACUUUGAUGAACAAUAUCUGAUAUUUGCUAUGGAUCCUUGUAAUGUCCGGCUAGGUGCUGCCACUGAUGGAUUUAAUCCUUUUAGUAACAUGAGUACUUCGUAUAGCAUGUGGCCAGUGAUGUUAGUGCCUUAUAACCUGCCACCUUGGAAGUGCCUGAAAGAGACUUUUUCGAUGAUGUCACUAUUAAUACCAGGCCCAACGGCACCUGGAAAAGACAUUGAUGUGUACUUACGGCCCAUGAUUGAUGAAUUGAAAGAUCUAUGGACAAAUGGUGUCACCACUUAUGACAUCUCUAAAAAGGAGAGGUUUACAAUGCAUGCAGCAAUGUUGUGGACAAUACAUGACUUUCCAGCAUAUGGAACACUUUCUGGAUGGAGUACCAAAGGAUACAAAGCAUGUCCGACUUGUAAUGAAGAUACUUCUUCCCAAGCUUUAAGAAGUAAGAUUUGUUACAUGGGACAUCGUCGAUAUUUAUCCAUAAAUCAUGCAUGGAGAAAUAAUCGACAAUAUGAUGGAAAGCCUGAACGAAGGUUAGCUCCAAGGCAGUUUUCAGGAGCUGAAAUAUUACAACAGUUAGAUAGGACAAUUGAGAGCAGACCGGGGAAACAUCCUAACAAUGUGGAUAAAAAGAGAAAACGUGCUGCCUUUGGAACAAUGUUGGAGAUCAAAGGUAAGUCGAAGGAUACUGACAAGGCACAUAUGGAUUUAAAGGAUCUGAAUAUUCGAAAAGAAUUGCAUUUACAAGAAACUGGCGAUGGCGAUGCUGCUAAUAUUUCAAAGAAUGUGAACAUUAAGGAUGGUAAGAUAUCAGGUUUGAAAACUCAUGAUAGUCAUGUUCUUUUGCAACAACUUUUUCCCGUGGGUAUAAGAUCUUACAUUAAGAAAGAGGUUUGUGGAACAAUUAUUGAAAUGUGCAUGUUCUUCCAAAAACUUUGUGCACGAACUCUAUCUGUUUCAGACUUGGAUAUGUUACAAGAGGGGAUAAUACUUACAUUGUGUAAAUUGGAAAGAAUAUUCCCUCCAGCCUUUUUUGAUAUCAUGGUUCAUCUAGCAGUUCACCUACCAUAUGAGACAAAAAUGGUAGGACCAAUACAUACUCGUUGGAUGUAUCCUUUUGAAAGAAAUAAAGCUCAUCCAAAAGGUUCAAUAGCAGAGGGUUAUGUUGUCAAUGAGGCAUUAACUUAUUGUUCAAUGUACCUUCAUGGUAUUGAAACUCGAUUCAAUCUGCCAGAACGUAAUAAAGAUGGUGAGAAUCAGAUUGCUUCGACUUUGUCAGUAUUCACUCAACCUGUGAACUUGUUGGGGAAACCUCAAUUUGUUGAACUGAAAGAUGAUGAUUAUAAAAAAGCUCAUUGGUACAUCCUUUACAAUUGCUGUGAGUUGCAGCCAUAUUUUGAGUAA